UUUUCACGAUGGUUUAUUCAGUGGCAUUCUGUGACAUCUCUAUUCUUUCCUUACCACCAAAAAUUGCAGACACAAAAAUUAUAGAAGAUACAUUGUAUAAUGGAUAGCUGGGAGGACUUUUUGGUUGAGGAGCCUGGUAAGGCUACCGAAGUUGAACUUCCUUUAGGAAAACCUCAAAAACCCAAAAAGAAAUUUGACGAUGAAGAGGACGAAGUAGAAGAAGAAGAACCUCAAACUAACGGCGUCCAAAACUCUUCCGCGGAUUCUACCAAACCGAAGCUCACUAAAGCUGAUCGUGUGCAACAACGUAUCCAAGAACGCAACAUUGAAAAGGCUAUUCAAGCUAGCGAGGAGGCUGCAAAAUCGAACAAUGCAGCUAAAUCUUCGAAAGAAGAUAUGCGACAGGCUGAAAUUGACUCAGACUUGGCCAAUGCCAUGGACCUUUUCGAUAUCGUCGAUCAAAAUACCGCGAGCGGUAACCGUGCUAGACAAGCUGAGCAACAGCGUGAAUUGAAAACCAAGGCUGAUUUUGCAGCAUUUCAAGCCGAAAUUCUUCGCAAAGUUAAACACUCGCAGAAUUCCACUGAGUACAGCGACUUUGUUCAGGAACUAAUUCCUCUCAUGCUUACAAGCUUGAACGCUUCUAGUGUCAAGUCUAUCCAAAAAUCCGUUAAUAAAGUAGUAGCUCAAAAGGAACAACAAGAAAAAGCUCAGUCAAAGCGUGGUGCUCCCGCUGCUCCUGCUAAGAAAGCACCAGUUGCUACUCCUUCUACUACUGCCGCUAAAAAGUCUGCCAAGCCUACAGUCAACACAAACUCUAAGCGAGGAGCUGCCAACGAUGCCGUUUACGAAGAUUAUGUUGAGGACGAAUACGAUGACUACGCGGAUGACUUUGAUGACUUCAUGUAAGAUAUGAAAGUCAUUCUUACAUAUUUUAAAGUCCUUUAUUAGUUUUUCGUUUUGUAUUGGCUUGUUCGUUUCAUUAUUUCUAGUUCCUAUAGCCUAUUAGCUCAAGGUUCAAUGAAGAGGGGGUUCUGUAAAAAAAAAUAAACAUGCCAAUAGCUUUGAUGCUUAAUGUGUAUCUUGUAAACAUAAAUCAUUUAAUUAUUCAAG